ACACACAUUCCGUUCUAUACAAAUUAUGAUCCAUACAAGACACGUUUUAACAAAUAUAUAUAUACACACAUAGAUCUUAAUUGGUUAAGAAAAUGUUGAAAACCACGUUACUUGUGUUUCUAGCUAGCCGCAAAAGCCAACUUGCAUUAUUGACUUGAGGAACAAAUUCAUGCAAAUAUCUCCUUCUUUAAGCAUAUUGAAGUUAAUACAAGCACUUUUCUGGUUCUUGAAAACCUGCACUAAGAUAAUAUUGAAGGUUAAUCUACUUCCAAGAAAACAAGGCCAUAGUGAUGUAGAUGGAGAAGUUUGCAACCCAUUGAACCAAAUGGUUACUAAAAAACACAUUCCGAGAAUAAAUGGAGAUAUACCUUCGGCAGAUGAAACAAUUUCUGAUCAUGAAAGGCUACAAAAAAAGAUUACUGGAGAAUGGUUUGGUUGAGCACCAAGUUAAAGGGGAUGGAAACUGUCAGUUUCGUGCUUUAUCAGAUGAAAUAUAUGGUACACCUGAAUGGCACAAUUGUGUCAGGGAGCAUGUUGUUAAUCAGCUUAAAAGUCACCCAGAGAUGUACAAGGGUCAUGUUCCCAUGGUCUAUGAUGACUACUUAAAGAAGAUGUCAAAGAGUGGGGCAUGGGGUGAUCAUGUUACAUUGCAGGCCGCUGCAGACCUUUAUGGUGUUAAAGUUCUUGUCAUAACAUCUUUCAAGGACACUGGUUUUCUUGAGAUUCUUCCAAACGUAAAGAAAUCAGAAAAAGUCAUUAAUCUAAGUUUUUGGGCCGAGGUGCAUUACAACUCCGUACAUCCCAAAGAUUCUCCUUGUGACUUUUGUGAAAGAGAAGUGGAAGUACCAAUACUUGAUGCAAUAGGUCAUAGUUGUACGUAACAAGAAAAACACUAUUAUGAGUAAAGAUUCUCUCAAUGACAUUGUAUUGUAAGAAAAAUAACAUCAUUUGAAAUUGUUGUUAAAAACAUCAACUUCAAGUGCAAUACAUGAUGUGGCAUGUUUUAAUGUUCCAAAAAGUUGAAUCCCCAAUCCCAAAGGCCCCCUCACGCGAUCCGACAUGGCAUUUGGGAGGUUGUAAGUCACGAGGAGUCAGUCAUCCUAAUGGUGGUAGACCUUGUACCCGUGCACAUCAGAGGUCCAGUCCAGCACACUUGAAUUGUAACCUCUACAGGGCCUCUGUGGGUUUCGAUCUUUGGUCUAUGUUUCAACUUUCCCACUACUCGAUCAAGUGAGCUACCCAUAUGGGCAAAUGUGGCAUGUUUUAAACUUUAAUUUGACCUCAGAGUUGAGGACUUGAGGGCCCACUCUACUAAAGAGAGACCUUGUAAUAUUAGAAGUUUACAGUCAUAUUGUUGUGGGCCAAGUAAAAAUGAUUCUAUUUUCUUAGAAUUUUGGAAGAUGAUUUCUCAUAUCCUUCAAGCAUUUCAUUUAACAUUUUCAAUAGGGAAUACUGUCAAAUAAGUCUUUGUACUAUAACGAAAAAGUCAAUUAAAUCCUUGUACUAUCAAAUC